AUUAUUAAAAAAUAAUCAAAAAAACAAAAAAAUAAAAAAAAAGUUAUAACGAAAAUGUUUUAUUUAAUAUAUUUCUGCGUUGUGUCAACAAUAUUGCAUUGUGCUAAGGCAGCGACUACCUCAUUUCCACCGCCGAUUAUACGGACAUUGGAUACUACUAGUCAGGUGGGUCCUGAGUUUAAAACUUUGGAUCCCACCGCCCCCGUCGACGAAGCUACUCCUAAAGCUAUUGCUAAAGCCAAUGAAAAAAAAAUUUCAAGCGUAAGCACAAUGUUAAGCGUUAUCUUUACUUUUAGGAAACCAUUCUUACCUUCAAUUUUCAACCAUUCGCAAAACAUUUAUAGCGAUAGCAUUUUAAAGCAAACUUCUUUAAAUUCAAAUAACAUAUUUUUAGAUGCGAAAUUUUGGUUUAAUGUCGGACUGAAGCAGUUGGAAAAAAUCGUAAAUGUGGCCAAGGAUAAUGACGAUAAUUCAUAUAAGAAAAAGGCAAAGAAUAUUAUCAUUUUUGUGGGGGAUGGUAUGGGCGUGACGACAAUUACAGCCGGGCGUAUAUAUAAAGGACAAUAUCUAAAACAUGGUCCUGGCGAAGAAGAAAAACUUUCGUUUGAUGAAUUCCCUUACACAGGCCUUGUAAAGACCUAUAAUGUAGAUAAACAAGUUCCAGAUUCGGCGGGCACUGCCACAGCUAUGUUUUGUGGUUCUAAAGCCCAUUAUGGUGCUAUUGGAAUGGACUCUACACGUUCUCCAAUAAACAGUACGCAAGGUAGAUUGACUUCGAUUAUGGAUUGGGCACAAAAAGAGAAUAAACGUACAGGUAUUGUAACGACAACGCGUAUUACUCAUGCAACACCUGCCGCCACAUACGCUCGCAUCUAUCAUCGGAAUUGGGAAUGUGAUAGCGAGAUUCCAGAGCAAUCAAAAGAACAUUAUAUUGAUAUAGCGCGACAAUUGGUAGAAACUUCUCCUGGCAAUAAGUUCAAUGUUAUACUGGGAGGUGGUCUUCAGCCUCUAGGAGCAACGAAUCAAAGGGAAACACGUACAACACCUUGGGAAGGAGGCACUGAAAAAGUUUGCUCACGUAACGACACCCUAAACUUGCCUGACGUGUGGCUAAAAAUGGGUAAAGAGAUAAACGAUGAACGUGCAUUUGUAAGUAGUCAACAGGAAUUAAAGCAAUUAGAUCUGAAAAAGAUCAAUAGUCUGAUGGGACUAUUUCGCAACAAUCACCUGACUUAUGCAAUAGCGAAAGAGGAGGGAGAGCCUUCUCUCAAAGAAAUGACUGAAGCUGCUAUAGAUGUGCUGGAACGUGGCAACAAAUCUAAGGGUUAUGUACUAUUAGUCGAAGGUGGACGCAUCGAUCAAGGUCAUCAUCAAAACUACGCUCGAGCUGCAUUGCACGAGGUAUACGAGUUCGACAUGGCCGUUCAGGCGGCUUUGGAAAGAACUAACAAAACCGAAACUCUGAUCCUUGUUACAGCCGAUCAUUCACAUGCAGUUACCCUUAAUGGCUAUCCGGCACGCGGAAAUGAUAUUUUAGGAUUUGCUAACAAACCCGGUCAGGAUCAAAUAUACGAAACUCUCACUUAUGCCAAUGGUCCUGGAUUUAAUGAUCACUUAAAUCAGAAUCCUACCGCUGAAAAUAUUUGGAUAACCAACUUUACGGAUAAACAACGCCAAUCAUUUACUUAUCGUCACUUAGCGACUGUACCGCUACCCGAUGAAACUCACGGAGGUGAAGACGUUGCUCUAUUUGCUCAUGGGCCCGGCUCGAGCUUAGUGCGGGGAGUGUUCGAACAAAACUAUAUAGCUUUCCUUAUGAGUUAUGCUGGUUGCAUGGGACCGGCAAAAGACUUUGACAACUCAUGUCAACACCGUAGCAAUUCUGAAAGUUUAUCCAUAUCUUUACUGCUAUUUGCGGCGGUGUCUUUUGUUCCAUAUAUAUAUUCAUAUAUUUGAUAAUUAGUUUGAUAUAUUUUUUUUUAAUCAAGAAAAUUAAUAUCAAAAUUGUUAUUCUGUGCACUAUUUUAGUUAAAACAUAAUCAACCUAUGCCUCUUAUCAAAGGGGACGACUUUUUUGAAAAUUAUUGCCAGCAAACC